AUGGACGAUGCUUCCCGAGAGAUGAGCCCCCCGUCCUUCCCUGCCGGCCCCGCUGCGGCGGCUGCGCCGCCCAGCCUGGACUACCAGCCGGCCGGCGCUCACCCCGGGCACUUCGUGGCGCACGGGCAGAACCACCGGCCCAACGGCAGCGGCGUCGAGCAGGGCGGCCCCGGCGCGGCCUCGGCGUCGCGCGGCCCCGCGGCUGCCGAUGCUCCCAAGCCGCCCUUCCGAGAGGCCCUGAGCGGCCUGCAGGCCGAGCCCGCGCUCCAGGAAGGCUCCGGCGCCGCCAAGGUCAGGCUGCCCUGCCAGACCCUCGUGCCGCCGCCGGAGCAGGGACCCUCUGCCGCGGAGCUCAAGUUGGAAGCGCUCACCCAGCGCCUGGAGCAGGAGAUGGACGCGCGCCCCAAGGCGGAUUACUUUGGAACCUGCGUGAAGUGCAGCAAAGGAGUGUACGGAGCCAGCCAGGCGUGCCAGGCCAUGGGCAACCUCUACCACGACGGCUGCUUCACCUGCGGAGCCUGCAGUCGGAAGCUGAGAGGAAAAGCCUUUUAUUUUGUCAACGGAAAGGUGUUCUGUGAGGAAGAUUUCCUGUACUCUGGUUUCCAGCAGUCAGCUGACAGGUGUUUCAUUUGUGGCCACCUGAUAAUGGACAUGAUCCUGCAGGCUCUAGGGAAAUCCUACCACCCAGGCUGCUUCCGAUGCGUGGUCUGCAACGAGUGUCUGGAUGGCGUGCCGUUCACUGUAGACGCCGAGAACAAAAUCUACUGUGUCAGGGACUACCACAAAGUUUUAGCUCCAAAAUGUGCAGCAUGUGGACUCCCCAUUCUACCCUCCGAGGGGUCUGACGAGACCAUUCGGGUUGUGUCCAUGGACAAGGAUUACCACGUGGAAUGUUACCACUGCGAGGACUGCGGCAUGGAGCUCAACGAUGAGGACGGGCAUCGCUGCUACCCGCUGGAUGAACAUUUGCUCUGUCACUCCUGUCACCUGAAGCACAUAGAGGACGGCACGAGCCCCGCAGCUGGGUACCAGCAUCACUACUAGCCAGCGAGGCGGAUUCCCAAAAGCCUGGACACAAGUCCUGUUACAUGGUCUCCCUCUUCCCUCCCUCAGAUGACUUCCUGUGCAUGUUUUUCUCCAAUCAACGGUUUUCCUGUAAAAGGAUAGAAGACAUUUUUGGUUUUUUUCUGGAUUCCCAGAGUUUGUAGGCUUGAGACUUCCAGCUGUAUCAAACUGUAUCUACCUGUAUGCCCAAGAAUGUGGCAUGUUAUCCAAACUGAURGGUUUCCUUUUAUGUGCCUUUCUCUGCUCUCCAGAGAUUCUUUUCUGGCUCAUUUUGAAAGAUUCUUCAGUAAAAGUACAAGUAGCUGCCACGUCUAUAAACUCA